AUGAGUAGUCAUCCCGGAAGUCCUCAAUCAGGACAAGGCUUCACCGUCCCUCAGCUCGACUCUUCAUCAUUGAAGGAUAAGCCCGUUGAGGAUACUUCGAGGGGGGUGUCCAAAUAUACCACGCCUGAGCGACAGAAAGGCCAUGCUCGAGAGAUGUCCGAAAAUGCACCCGAGCACCAGAUACCUAAGCAAAUUACGCCCAUGCCAGAGGCAACUCAGCACCAAGUUUGCGCUGCCCAGGAGCAAGCUGCUGGGCCAGUCUCUGUCAAUACCAAUCCUUCGAAAGAAGGUAAAGACAAGACAAAGGCAGUCUCGCAAUUGUCGGGCUCGGCUGGCGAGUCAUCAGCUGAAAGCACAGAGACCACGGGGGAUGCUCAAACUCGACCCUCCCACCUUGGCCUGUACUUCCACCGAACCUGCCUAUGCCAAGACGGAACAUCCCCAGAUUGGCGAGUACGGGAGCAGGUCGCUUCCCUCCAGGACACAAGGCUCACGACCUGUUCGUGA